UUCAGUUUCCUUUGUAGUAGGAAUCAAUUCAACUCUCUACCUAACUCAACAUGUCUGGUCGCGGCAAAGGUGGUAAAGUCAAGGGAAAGUCAAAGACCCGUUCGAGCAGGGCCGGACUCCAGUUCCCCGUCGGUCGUAUCCAUCGUAUGCUCCGUAAAGGAUCGUACGCUGAGCGUGUCGGUGCCGGUGCCCCCGUGUACUUGGCCGCCGUCAUGGAGUAUUUGGCCGCUGAGGUUCUUGAGUUGGCUGGAAACGCAGCUCGUGACAACAAGAAGACGCGUAUCAUCCCUCGCCAUUUGCAGUUGGCCAUCCGUAACGACGAAGAGUUGAACAAACUUCUCUCCGGAGUUACCAUCGCUCAAGGUGGUGUCUUGCCCAACAUCCAGGCCGUCUUGUUGCCCAAGAAGACCGACAAGCCCGCUAAAGCUUAA